AUGUCUGGGCUGAAGGUAUCACGCCUCCCAUAUAUAUGGCGAGACUCCAACCCAGAUACGGAGCCACCCUACGGCGAUCAAGACGAUGAGCUGGCGUGGAGAGUACACAACACCAAUCGCCUUUCGGGGCUGCACACUCCCGCCCAUUUUGCGGACAUGACUUUGGUUAUCUCCGAGUCCCUGAACGCCGAUCUUGCCAUGGAACUGGAAUGCGAGCACUUCAAAUGGAAAUGGGAAGCUUAUUCCCUAGGCCCUAGGAUCUCGCUCGAAUUACUGUCUAAACACUUGAUUAUGCCACUCAUCAGCACCGUUCACUUGGCCUUCGCUUCAGCGGAUCCCGUCAGCGAAUUGUCCCAAGAGGACUUGCAGAACCUAGUGGACAAGGCUGGGAAGACAGCGAGGAGGACGGUAGACACGCAUGUCAAACAUGCCUUAUCCAAUCCGAGAACGGCCACAACUCUACGACGAAUGACUGCAUUAUUUAACUUCGUACCUUCGUUACCCCCCAUCACUCUGUCCCUCGAGAAGCUUGACAUAAGCCGUCCUUUCCAGAGCAAAGGCGGGAGCACAUCCAAGGAUGUCAAGGGCAUCACAGAGGGUGGCGAACUCCGUUAUGCGCAUAGUACGACGCCAGCAGAGUCUGCAGAGAAGACUGUCCUUGCCUCACAAGGCCCAGGCGGAGACUCAGGUUCGGAGACAGAGCCAGAGAGCGAAGAGGAAUUUGCUCGAGUUCUCCGUCUGGCUCGAGAGAAAGCCGCCGCUGGCUCCGCAAAGAGCACAGCAACAUCAAUCGCGGAACGUGGUAGCCCAGUGCAAGGCUCUUCCCGUCAGUCAAAGCCUGCGCCCUCGGCCUCAGCACCACAACAGACAGGGUCUCGCGCCAAGACGACUUCAGGAGAGUCUCCUUCGAGCUCGGAUGCAGAGUCAUCACCUCAUCGACCGAAGAAAAAGGCCAAGGCCAAAGCCGUCGUCCAGGAGUCCUCCAGCGAUGCUGAAAAUAGUGAAGAAGAGCGCAGGAAACGGCUAUCAAAAAUUGUAAGCGGUGAGGCAUCGCGGAGAGGGGGUGCAAGACAACCUCUGAAGCGUGGGGGGAAGAGGUUCUAG